AUGUCAGACGAGAAGAAAUCGACACCAUCACAUGCUGAAAACAGUUCCAAAGAACAAUUUGGCAUAACUGGAGUCACAACCGGUUCCACUGGUGAGCAUCUAGCAACUACCGGAGCUAGUGCACUGGGCACGAGCGGUGGUAGUGGUGAUAUGGGAAAUGAAAAAUCAAAAAUUGAUAAAGCAACAGCUGGCCCAGGAGCAACAGCAACAACAGGUGCAUCCUCACCUACGGUCGCUACAGAUCAAGGAACACAGGUUCAAUGA